AUGCCAGUUAUAAAAUGCAACACUAUUAAUAUCAAUACAUAUUGCAAUCACCCAACAAUUCAUGAUCAUGAUAGCAGUGGCAAUAUAACAAAUAAUCAUUUGUCACCAUCACUACAAAAUUGUAAAAGAAAAUUUAAUGAGGAACCACCAUCACCUUAUAACCUUUAUUACAGCUCAUCAACAAUUACCACUUACACUCCCACAACUAGAACAUUAAUUUCUGCAAAAGAUGUCUAUAUCACCCAGAGGAACAAAGGUCAUAAACCAAAUGAGUGCCCUAAUAUCCUUCCAAAGUAA